GGUGCCUGCCUGCCCUGGCAUCUCUGCAGGGUGACUGGGGGGAACUCGGGGGCAGACAGAGAGGGGCAGGCACCCCGAGAGGCUGUGGCCCUGUUGAUCUGAUGGGCAGGGAGGCGGGGGUGAGGCUGCAGCCUGCCCGUCCAUCUGCCCACCACCACAGGCCACGUGUCCCCUCCUGGCAUGUCGGACUAUGAGAACGAGGAUGAGUGCUGGAGCACCCUGGAGAGCUUCCGGGUGAAGCUCAUCUCUGUUAUCGACCCCUCCCGCAUCAUGCCCUACCUGCGCCAGUGCAAAGUCCUCAACCCGGACGAUGAGGAGCAGGUGCUCAGUGACCCCAGCCUGGUCAUCCGCAAGCGCAAAGUGGGUGUGCUCCUGGACAUCCUGCAGCGGACGGGCCGCAAGGGCUACGUGGCCUUCCUGGAGAGCCUGGAGCUUUACUACCCACAGCUGUACAAGAAGGUCACCGGCAAAGAGCCAGCCCGCGUCUUCUCCAUGAUCAUAGACGCCUCAGGGGAGUCGGGCCUGACGCAGCUGCUGAUGAGCGAGGUGCUGAAGCUGCAGAAGAAGGUGCAGGACCUGACUGUGCUGCUGAGCUCCAAGGAUGACUUCAUCAAGGAGCUGCGCGUCAAGGACAGUCUGCUGCGUAAGCACCAGGAGCGCGUGCAGCGGCUGAAGGAGGAGUGCGAGGCCUGCGGGCGCGAGCUCAAGCGCUGCAAGGACGAGAACUACGACCUGGCUCUGCGCCUGGCGCGCCAGAGCGAGGAGAAGGGCGCGGCCCUCAUGCGCAACCGCGACCUGCAGCUGGAGGUGGACCGGCUCAAGCACAGCCUCAUGAAGGCGGAGGACGACUGCACGGUGGAGCGCAAGCACACGCUGAAGCUGCGACACGCCAUGGAGCAGCGGCCCAGCCAGGAGCUGCUGUGGGAACUGCAGCAGGAGAAGGCGCUGCUGCAGGCGCGCGUGCAGGAGCUGGAGGCCUCCGCCCAGGGGUGGGACCGGAGCGGGGCCUACAUCCAGCUGCUGGAGGAGGACUGGCGGCAGGCGCUGCGCCACCAGCAGGAGCAGGCUAGCACCAUCUUCUCUCUGCGCAAGGAUCUGCGCCAGGCCGAGGCCCAGCGGACCCGGUGCGUGGAGGAGAAGGAGAUGUUCGAGCUGCAGUGCCUGGCCCUGCGCAAGGACUCCAAGAUGUACAAGGACCGCAUCGAGGCCGUUCUGCAGCAGAUGGAAGAGGUGGCCAUCGAGAGGGAUCAGGCCAUCGCGAUGCGGGAGGAGCUGCACGCACAGCAGGCACGGUGCCUGCAGGAGAAGGAUGGGCUGCGGAAGCGCGUCCGCGAGUUGGGCGAGAGGGCAGACGAGCUCCAGCUGCAGCUGUUCCAGCGUGAGGGCCAGCUGCUGGCCGCCGAGGGCCGGCUCAAGCGACAGCAGCUGGAGACACUUGUCCUGAGCUCCGACCUGGAGGACAGUUCUCCCAGGAGCUCCCGGGAGCUCUCACUGCCCCGGGGCCUAGAGGAGGACACCCAGCUCUUGGACAAAGGUGGCCGGGCCGAGGGGCAGAGCCUAGAGCAGCCCUUCAGGGCUCUGCAGAAGGAGCAGCUUUCACUGACCCCCAACGACACAGGCCUGAGUGGCGGGGAGCCCCCUGAGAAGGAGCGUCGGCGGCUCAAGGAGAGCUUCGAGAACUACCGCAGGAAGCGGGCCCUCCGCAAGAUGCAGAACGGCACUCGGCAGGGGGAGGUGGACUGGGAGAACACCACCGGCAGUGACAACACGGACACAGAGGGCUCCUAGCCCGCCAGGCCGGCCGCCCAUGUGGCAGGUCACACCAUCACGUGGCCGCCCCACUUCCCGACCGUCACCACGGCGGGCAUGGCUAGCCCGGUCCUCGGAGGAGGAACCCCAGGCGGCCGCAGAGAGGCCUGGGCCUCAGCGCUUGGCGGAGUGCGCGGCCGUGGACAGCCGGCCCUCUGGCCGCAGGUUUCUCCGCCAGUCACCGCUGACUUGGCCAUAGGAAGCGCGGUGAUCCCCUGAAAGCCCCGCCGAGAGCUGUGCUUUCGGAUAUGAAUGACUGUUUCCGUGUCGGUGCACGUGUAUCUGUGUGAUUUUUAAAGGCUUUUUCUAUUUUUAUUAUAUAACACACAUUCAUUGUAAAAAAAAUUAGAAAGUGCAGCUAAAUAAAAAGUAAAAACCGA